ACCGUUAUUAUUCCGUUAAGCCGCUGAUGGCUCUCCGCGCGACAGGUCGAGAUAAUAAAGGAACGCCGCACGGCUCCUCCCCUCCAGUCUCCCGCCACCUCGCACCCGAAUCCGCAGCCGUCCCCCUCGCCGCCGAAGCCCAGAACCCAGCCGGCCUCCCCGGCGGCCUCCGCCCUGGGUUUCUCGCCGGGUCGUCGCUUCCCCGUCCUCCCUCAGAAAAUAUGGAUGUACCAGUUGAGAAUCUUGGAGAGCAUGACGUAGGUGGAAUGACUGGAGAUCCUUAUGAUGGAGAAAAACCGAACCCUUUCAGCGAUGUGGUGAAGCAGUAUAGUGAAGUACAGAGUAAUCAGUACAUCGAACAUCCUGGUGACCAAUAUGACGAAAGGUCUGGGGUUCCAUAUAAUGAGGAACAAGUAAACUUGUACAGUGAAGAACAGGGUAAUCAGUACAAUGAGAAUCCGGCAAACCCUUACCAGGAAGGGCCGGAGAAUGCAUACAAUGGGGACAUGAAACAACCAGAAAAAUUGGAGGUUAAUGUUGACAAUAAGAGAUGGCCUGGUUGGCCAGGAGAGAAUGUUUUUCGUAUACUGGUUCCAGCCAAGAAGGUAGGUGCUAUCAUUGGCCGCAAAGGGGAUGUCAUCAAGAAGAUGUGCGAGGAGUCUAAAGCUCGCAUCAAAAUACUUGAUGGCCCACCAGGUGUACCAGAAAGAGCAGUAAUGAUCUCUGCAAAAGAUGAGCCAGAUGCACCAAUAUCUCCAGCUAUGGAUGGUUUGCUUAGAGUUCAUAAACGAAUAACUGAUAAUUCAGAUGGUGAAUCUGGUCAGCCUCAACGAAGUGCUGGUAAUAUAGGACCAACACGACUGCUAGUGCCAGCUUCACAAGCUGGCAGCCUUAUUGGAAAGCAGGGAGCAACCAUUAAAUCCAUACAAGAUUCUUCAAAGUGUGUUGCCCGUAUUGUUGAGAACGUUCCUUCUGUUGCAUUGAAUGAUGACAGAGUUGUGGAGAUACAAGGCGAGCCUCUUGGUGUCCACAAAGCAGUGGAAUUGAUAGCAAGUCACUUAAGAAAAUUUCUUGUUGACCGCAGUAUUCUCCCACUAUUUGAAAUACAAAUGAAAAUGCACAGUAUGGAGAGAGACCAGCCAAUGCCAGCUCCUCAGCAUUGGGGCCCUCCUCCAAACCUUCCUCCAGGUGGUCCAGGUUAUGGUGGAAAUCCUCAGUUCAUGCCUCCAAGGCCGCAAGACAAUUAUUAUCCUCCUCAUGUCCCCCCUAUGGAGAAGCAGCCACACUAUGGUAUUUCUGCAUAUGGACGUGAGGCCCCACCAAGUGGUGUUUCUGCUGCAGGGAAUCAACCACCACCACAUUUGGGUUCUCAGGUGACACAUAGCAUGCAAAUUCCUCUUUCCUACACUGAUGCUGUGAUUGGGGCAGCUGGUGCAAGUAUCAGUUAUAUCCGUAGGCACAGUGGCGCAACAGUAACUAUUCAAGAAAGCAGAGGUGCACCCGGAGAGAUGACUGUGGAGAUAAUUGGAAGUGCAUCCCAAGUUCAAACUGCACAGCAACUGAUCCAGAAUUUCAUGGCGGAAGCUGCUCCCCAAGGCCCGCCGCCAGCUUCCAACCCUCCAGCUCCGCCGGUCGAUCCGAGCUACGGCUCUUACCCACCACCGUACGGAGCAGCAGCAGCACCCUAUGGUUAUUCGGCAGGCGCCGGGCCUGCUCCGCAGUACAAUGGAGGGAACUACGGUGGCCCGACAUACCCAUAUUAGUAGCAGCAAGCUAAGCAUUAGUUUUUUUUUCUCUCUCUCUCUGCUGUGGUGGUAUGGAUUUUGUUGCCGAAUAAUGACUGUUGGAUUCCCUCCUAUUUUAUUUCUGAUAGAGAUUAUUAUACCA